CGGAUUCAUUCCUGUGGGGCGCGGGGCAUGGAGGAGCUGCGCGGCUGCAGGCGGAGCAGGCCGGCCCGGGCGGCGGCGCGGACAACGGUUUCCAUUUAAGGGGGGCGGCCCGAGCCCGAGCGGCCAGCGGCGGCGGAGAGGACCAGCCCCCGGGCAGUUCGGUGCUCUGGUUGUCAGAUGUUGCAAGGCAGUAAGACAACAGACUCUCCGUGGUUUUAUAUCCGUUUGGGGUGCAGCGAUUAACAUUGAACUUCGGUUCCUGUAACUCUUGCCUGUGUCGAUAGAGUUAAGCUGGGGAGUUUUGCUGUGAAGGAUAAAGAAAGCGCAGCCUCUCAACUGGACAUAAAUGGAUCUAAAGACAGCAGUAUUUAACGCAGCUCGGGAUGGCAAACUCCGGCUUCUCACCAAGUUGUUGGCAAGCAAAUCCAAAGAGGAGGUUUCCUCCUUGAUCUCUGAAAAAACAAAUGGAGCCACGCCACUCUUGAUGGCCGCCAGGUAUGGGCACCUUGACAUGGUGGAGUUCCUCCUAGAGCAGUGCAGUGCCUCCAUAGAAGUGGGGGGCUCGGUCAAUUUUGAUGGCGAAACCAUCGAGGGGGCCCCCCCGUUGUGGGCCGCCUCUGCCGCGGGACAUCUGAAGGUGGUGCAGUCUUUGUUAAAUCAUGGAGCGUCUGUCAACAACACAACUUUAACCAAUUCCACUCCCCUUCGAGCUGCCUGUUUCGAUGGCCAUUUGGAAAUAGUGAAGUACCUUGUGGAACACAAAGCUGACUUGGAAGUGUCCAACCGACACGGACAUACGUGCUUGAUGAUUUCGUGUUACAAAGGACACAAAGAGAUUGCUCAGUAUUUACUUGAAAAGGGGGCAGAUGUUAACAGAAAAAGCGUUAAAGGUAAUACUGCAUUGCAUGAUUGCGCAGAAUCUGGGAGUUUGGACAUCAUGAAGAUGCUUCUUAUGUAUUGUGCCAAGAUGGAAAAGGAUGGUUACGGGAUGACUCCCCUUCUCUCAGCGAGUGUUACUGGUCACACAAAUAUUGUGGAUUUUCUGACUCACCAUGCACAGACCAGCAAGACAGAACGGAUCAAUGCUCUAGAGCUUCUGGGAGCUACAUUUGUAGACAAAAAGAGAGAUCUGCUUGGGGCCUUGAAAUACUGGAAAAAGGCAAUGAACAUGAGGUACAGUGACAGGACUAAUAUAAUUAGCAAACCAGUACCACAGACACUAAUAAUGGCUUACGAUUAUGCCAAGGAGGUGAACAGUGCAGAAGAGCUGGAAGGCCUUAUCGCUGACCCUGAUGAGAUGAGAAUGCAGGCCCUAUUAAUUAGAGAACGUAUUCUUGGUCCUUCUCAUCCUGAUACCUCUUAUUAUAUUCGAUACAGAGGCGCUGUCUAUGCAGACUCUGGAAAUUUCAAACGAUGCAUCAACCUCUGGAAGUAUGCUUUGGAUAUGCAGCAGAACAAUUUGGAUCCUUUAAGCCCCAUGACCGCCAGCAGCUUGUUAUCUUUUGCAGAACUGUUCUCCUUUAUGCUCCAGGAUAGGGCUAAAGGCCUGCUGGGCACCACCGUUACGUUUGACGAUCUUAUGGGCAUCCUGUGCAAAAGCGUCCUUGAAAUAGAGCGAGCUAUCAAACAAACUCAGUGUCCGGCUGACCCGUUACAGUUAAAUAAGGCUCUUUCCAUUAUUUUGCACUUGAUUUGCUUGUUAGAAAAAGUUCCUUGUACUCUAGAACAGGACCAUUUCAAAAAGCAGACUAUCUACAGGUUUCUUAAGCUGCAUCCGAGGGGGAAGAACAACUUCAGCCCGCUUCACCUGGCCGUGGACAAGAACACCACCUGUGUCGGCCGGUACCCCGUGUGUAAAUUCCCGUCCCUGCAAGUCACGGCCAUACUGAUCGAGUGUGGCGCCGACGUGAACGUCAGAGACUCCGACGACAACAGCCCCCUGCACAUCGCUGCUCUGAACAACCAUCCCGACAUCAUGAAUCUCCUUAUCAAAUCAGGUGCACAUUUCGAUGCCACAAACUUGCACAAGCAGACUGCUAGUGACUUGCUGGACGAGAAGGAAAUCGCUAAAAAUUUGAUCCAGCCCAUAAAUCAUACCACCCUGCAGUGUCUUGCUGCUCGUGUCAUAGUGAAUCAUAGAAUAUAUUAUAAAGGGCAUAUCCCAGAAAAGCUAGAGACCUUUGUUUCACUUCACAGAUGAUAAUCUGACUGUCGCGUCGCACUCUUGAAAGCACGGAUCGCUGACAGUUGCCUCAUACGUGAGCACUGUUGUGAGAACACCAGCAUUCACUUAGCUUGAUGUCCUCGUGCUGUCAUUGGCUAAAGCAUUAGAAGCAUCAACUUUCCAGGAUUGGUUUCCCAGUAUUUAAUAUAAAUAUACCAUAUAAUAUAUUAUUUGUGAAUUAUUGAGAAAUGUAAUGUCCUAUUCGAAUUUCUAAAAUUGUCUGCCAAAGGCUUAUCUGUUCUGGUUCUGUUUGCUGUUGGGCGUUUGGG